AUGUCGUUUCGUGGAGGUGGCCGUGGCGGUUUCGCCUCUGGCGCCAAUCGUGGUGGAAACUUUGGUGGACGCGGUGAGAUGGGUACUGUCAUGCACGCUUGCGAGGGCGAGAUGGUUUGCGAAUCAGUGAAUCCCAAGAUUCCUUACUUCAACGCCCCUAUCUACCUCGAGAACAAAACCCCUAUUGGCAAGGUCGACGAAGUUCUCGGUCCCAUCAACCAGGUGUACUUCACCAUCAAGCCUCAGGAGGGCAUUGUUGCGACAUCCUUCAAGCCUGGCGACAAGGUCUACAUUGGAGGAGACAAGCUUCUUCCGCUUGAGAAGUGGACGUGGUGCACCUCGUGGUGGCCGAGGCGGCGCCCCCGAGGACGUGGAGGACCUAGGGGAGGUGGUUUUGGUGGAGGUGGUUUUGGUGGAGGCGGUUUUGGUGGAGGCGGCUUCCGUGGUGGGAGCAGAGGUGGUGGCAGAGGAGGACCUCGUGGUGGUAGUGGAGAGCCAUCGAGCAUGUCUCGUCGAACAGCAGCCAUGUCGUCAAGUCAAUCUUCAAAUAGCGGUGUCGCAGCUUCGGGCGAUGGAGGUCAGGAAAAGCAGAAGAUGCUCCUCUCGUCGGAGACGGGUCACUUUAGCUUGGUCAGGGCGUUGCAUCUUGCUGAUUUGGUGACCGAGCUCAAUGUCAUGUCCGUAUUCUCGUCGAUGCGUUAUUGUCUAGGAGACCCACAUGAUCAUGGUGCUGUUUGGGCCGCUCUUGGUUUCAUGCCUUUCGGUUUAUUUUUUGAUUUUAUGGAUGGCAAAAUCGCGAGAUGGAGGAAGAAGUCAUCCCUCAUGGGACAGGAGCUUGACUCUCUGGCAGACUUGAUCUCCUUCGGCCUCGCACCAGCCGCAUGCGCCUUCGCUCUUGGAGCCCGCACCCUCGUCGACCAUUUUCUGUUAGCGUUCUUCGUCCUUUGCGGCUUGACACGGUUGGCCCGAUUCAACGUUACCGUCGCCGUCCUUCCCAAGGAUAAGACCGGCAAGUCCAAGUACUUUGAAGGCACACCGAUCCCGACGACAUUGGGCAUCGCUUCGCUCAUGGCCUACUGGGUAUCUCAGGGCUGGAUUCUCGAGGAUCUUCCUCUUGGCCUCGCCGCCCAGGGCACGCCAUUUGAGUUUCACCCCGUUGUUCUGCUGUUUGUCCUGCACGGCUGCAUGAUGGUCAGCAAGUCGAUAAAGAUCCCCAAGCCAUAG